UAAUACCGCAGGAUACAGUGAUACAGUCUCGGGUGUCAGCCACAGGUCGCGGUAGCCUAUUCAGACCGGCGCAACUCUAUCUUUGCCCCCGUGCAAACAAGCGUCUCGGGUGAGGCGUAGGCGCUCGGUUCGCGGGGGCACGUCGCGUUGCGAGGGUCGACAGAAAGGGGGGACACACACAACAAACCGGAGGAAGAUUUUUUUCCCUCUCUUACGCGGAGAGGGGACUCCGCGAUUUUAACAAGGGAUUUCAGGAGGAUGCAUCAACAGCUUUAACCAUGGCAGACGAGGGACCGACAGCCACCUUACCGGCGCUGUACAUCCCUCCCCUCACCGGGCCGGAGGAGGCUCAGCCGGCGGUGGGGGAGGCGAUGCUGCCCGCCGGUGGCGACGUCAAGCUGCCCUUCCUCUCAGGACUGGGCGGCGAGGCGCUGGCUGAAGAAGUUCUCCGAGCUCCGCCCGAAGGCGACGAGGCGGAGAACGCGGACCUGCUCUCGCCCGACAAGCUGCCUCCCAUCCCCCAUCCCCCCGUCAGACCCAAGCGAGAGAAGAUGCGGUACAUCACCUUCACAGCCGAGGCGACCCGGCACACCAAGGAGCUCAAACGGACCAAGCGGAGGCGCUUCAGUCUAGAGCAGAAGACAGAGGAGGAGGAAAACGCUAAAAAACAGAAGGGACCGCUGGGUCCGGAGGAGUGUCUGAGAUGCGCGCUACGCAUGGAACACGCACAAUGCGAACCGCACAAGUACAUCCGGGUCGGAGGUGGUUUCCGGCACAGCUACUGGUACUGUAAGCUCAUCAUCCAGAAAAUGCAGGAGGAGGCUGAGGACGAGGUCAGGAUGCUGCUCUUCGACGCGGAGAGUGUCGGGAAGGAAGCUCCCAACAUCCGGGUCCGCGCAGACGGCACAGUUGAGCGGAAGAUCAAGACCUACGUGCGCACCAAGAGCGGCAGGCGGAUCGUCAAGUACCACUAUGUGGACGACAAGACCUUCCAGAAACUCCAGCAACUCCGUGAGAAGGGCCGGAAGCUCGGCCACGGUGCUGACUUCGAUGGCUGGGAGCCCUGGGGCGAGCCGACUCCCGAUCCGAGCGUCAAGGAGUUCGGCGAGAGCGACAUCGGCUCCGACAAGGAGAUCGUCUACAAAGAUGGUAAGAUGUUUAUCCGGAGGAAGCGGCGGGACAGCGCUCUUGGCAGCGAUGACGACGAUGACGAGAUGGAGGUCGAGGUCAUCGAACAGAUCGUCGGGUACACGGAUGACGGCAAGCCAAUCAUCAAGAAGAUCUACAGGACCGUACCGAAGAAGAAGAAGGGAGACGACGACCGUCCGGACAGUGGAUUAUCGUACAGCACCAAAGGAGGCCGCCGACACAGGAGACACGGCAGUGGCGGCAGCAGUCGGAGCGGCAGUCGGCAUGGAGGGCGUCGGCGCCACCGUCGACAUGGCAGCGGGGAUAGCGCAAGCGUGGUCAGCAGCUACAGCUACGACAGUCAGGGCAACGUCACACGGAAAAAGCACAGGAGACGCAGAAGAUCUAGAUCCGGCAGCGGCGGCAGCGGCAGGGGCCGGCACCGUCGUCGGGGCGGCGGCAGGCGGAGAAGGGACAGCAAGGGCUCGUACUCUUCUUACUCUGAUUAUAGCGAUAGAGGGUCAGGAAAAGGCCGGCGCAGGCGCGGUAGGAGACGAAGGUCCGGGUCUAGGGGAUCACGUGACUCCAGAGGGCGCCGACGAGGGCGCAGACACGUACGGCACGACAGCAAGGGUAACAGUUAUAGCGAGUACAGCGACUACAGUAGCGGGAGCCGGUCGGGGUCCCGCGGGGGCCGGCGGAGGCGCCGCGGGAAGGACGGCAGGAGCCGCCGCAGCCGGUCCCGAGGAGGGCGCCGGCGGAGGAGGCGCGGCAGCGGCAGUAGUUAUUCCAGCUCCUACUAUAGUUCUAGUUCUUACGAGUCGACGGAGUAUGACUCCGAGGGCCGAGCGUUGCCGAAGAAGAAGAAGGAAAAGCGUGACCGGCGCGGGCGGGGCCGGGGGCACGGGCGGGACCGGCACGGCAGGCGGAGACGCAGCGUCAGUUCGGACAGCACCUCUAUCAGCAGCGACUCCGAUACGACCAUCAGUUCGGUGUUGAGCCUGGAGGACGAGGACGACCCGAACAUUACCGAGGAGGAGCGCCAGGCCCGACGAGAGCGGAACCGAGCGAAGGUCGAGGCGCACGAGAAAAAGCGGGAAGAGAGGAAGGUGGCCCGGGAGAAGAGGCGGGAGGAGAAAAGAAUAAGGAGAGAGGAGCAGAAGGAGAGAAGAGCAGACCGUAAUGAGAGGCGGAGACGUCGCGGGUCCUACUCCUCAGACGACAGCACGUGGGGCGACGGCAAGACGGCGGUCAAGUACGGCAAGGGCUCGCGGCGGGACGGCAAGAUGCGGAAGGACGGCAGGGACAUCGGAUACGACGAUCCCAAUGACCCGUGGAACAAGGGCAAGAAAGGAAAGAAGGGGAAGAAAGACAAGAAGCCGCGAGCAGACGGUACAUACAGCUCCAGCUCGAGCGAGGAAACUGUCUAUGACGAACAUGGAAACAAAAUGCCUAAGAAAAAGAAGGACAAGAAGAAGAAGAAGAGCGGCUGGUUUAGCAGCUCAAGCAGUGAAACAGAGACAGAAGAGUCUAUCUACGAGGAGAGGAUAAGAGCGGACGGAACAAUAGAAAAAGUUAAAGUAGGAACAAAGAAAGUUAAAAAGAAGAAGGACAAGAAGUGGAAAUACAGACAAAAGUCCGCAGAUACAGAGUACGACUCUGUCGGUAGUGCAGAGGCAGAGAAAAUGGUGUUCCGGGAAGUCAUGGACGAGUUCGGCAACAUCAUCCGCCUGACCAAGUCCGGGCGGAGGAUCAAAGACGGGAAGAUCAGCAAGGAGCGGUACGACUGGGAAGGGAAGGCGAAGCGCCGCCGCGAGAGGAUAGAGGCCGGGCUGGAGCCCAAACCGCCUUCACCUGAGUACGAGGAAGAGGAGAUAGUGGAGGAGUACAUAGAUGAGGAGGGGAACGUGGUCCGGACGGUCAGGAAGGUUCUCAAGAGGAAGCCCGGAACCGGCCCGCCUGGCAGGGAGGAGGAGCCUCUGACGGGUCUGCGGAGGGUGAACCAGAUCUUCCGGAAGGGCGGGGAGAAGAUGCUGCAGCGGCUGAAGAACCUCAUCGCGGCCUGCGAGCUGGACGACGACAUGUUCCUCACCGACAUAGACGAGAGGGACUCCUCCAUAGACUUCCUGUCCCAUUACCACCUGAUCGCCGGCCACAAGCUGGAGGGGUACGCCAAGGCCUUCAUCGUGGAGGAUCUAGAUGAGGACAACAUCUUGAACUUACAGGAAACUCGGAUCGCCCUGGAGGGUAUCCAGAGCAUCACAAACGUCUCCAGAAAACAAACGGACUACGUUCUCAGGGUUCUCGGUAUAGACGACUCCACUCACGUGACCUUUAGGAUGUUCGCAGUCAUCGCGGCCCUGUGUGAGCGGAUGUGUACAUUAGAUUACAAGGAAAAAUACUGGAUGGAGCUGACAAACCUGAUGGACAUUGAGAGGAAAAUGGCGCUCUACAAGGCGAUGUUCUACUGCAACGUGAACUCUGACCGCAGUGCGAACUACAUCAAGGCGGACUCGCUGCGGAUCGAACUCAUCGCAGGGGGUCUGAACCGGUACCAGGAGGAGUACAUCAUGUCCAGGAUACAGAUCAACGAGUACAGAGAGGUGUCUUUCUUGGACUACAUGGCAUACAUCCCGUUGUUCCUGUCCAUGCACGAGAAGAUCUGCGACAACCCGCUGGACAACUCGCGGAACAAGUACGCCAUGCGGGUCGGCUCGCCCGUCAUGCGGGACCAGAUGCCGCUGGGGCUGCCGCUCAGACUGGCCGCCGCCUCCAUGAAACCGUUCAAGGUACCGCAGGAGAUUCUAGACGAAGUGGAGGCUCUGUCGACGCUAGACACGCUGAAGAACGCCCCCAAUAUGGUGCGCCUGCGCGCGCUGAAGAUGAAGCAGCGCGGCAUGACCAAGAGCACCAGCACCACCAGUCUGGAGAAGUGGAACGCUGACGCCACGCACAACAUGGCCAACAACAUUGCAACGCUUAUUGGUGGAGUGAACCAAUGACGUUGAAAGAGUCACCCAACCAACGAGCCGUCUGCUGCAAUAGACCAUGAGAGCAACGUCAACCGUCGACAUCUAAAAACUGCGCCCUCUACUCGAUAGAUAAACUGUGGCUUUGUCUGAGAUGUAUAUUAUGCAUUUUGUGGAAAAAA